AUGGGACUCCAAGCAUUUGUGGAUCUAUCCCCGGUGCUUCUUUGUCUCCCAGGCCUAACCAUCUCGUUGUUAUAUUUACAGGAGUCUCUUAACCCAUGGAGUCAACUGUUCGAUAAAUCUUCAAAAUUAACGGAGAGAGUGCCGCCUUUGCUUGUGCAAAGCAUUUUCUUUUCAUCUAUUACACUGUUGAUAACGGCAGCGUUUAAAAAGAUUGGUUCAUAUGAGCAACAUCAAUUGAUAUCAUCACCGGUUGAAGAGGAGGAAGAUUCAACUGAUAGCAACACAAGAGAUAUUACUAUUCUUCGCAUAGUACUGCAGCCGAUUCGAUUUAUUUGCCUUCUUCUUAUACCAAUAGCCAUGAUAUUUCUGGCGAACCAACUCUUACUCCCUGUGCGGACAUCAACAUUGGUUAUGAUUGCAAUACUUAUAAAUAGAGCACCAAGAUCGACAUACCGAUCUUUGAAAUUAGAGCAAGAAUACUCUAUGACGCAAUCAAUUGCCGGGGUAGCAUUUCGAAGGUACCAACCAAUAAUUGUACACACUGCUUGCUUUAUUUAUGACUAUAUAUAUUCAUCAUGGCAAGGCAACGGCAUGGCCAAUUCAUCGCUAUUAGGAUAUGCCUUAUUACUUAUUCCUCAUGCUCUCUUUUUGAAUUCUAGCACAAACAAGAAUUUCCGUGAGAACAUGAUUCCACUUAUACAGAUUAGGAGUUCAUUGGUCUCCUCCAUAAUUUCAUUACUGGUACUAUUAGGCCUUUAUAUUAGGAAUGUCAACUUUAAAAUGCUUUUUGUUGCAAUGGGCUCUCUUUUCAUCUUACUAAUGAGCCAAAUAGACUACGAGAAUAUUGGCAAGAAGGGAAAUGCUUGCAAACUAUUUCAUAGGUAUGUCACUAAGGAAAAUUACAAAGUGGCACUCGUGGGCUUAAAUAUUAUUAUGGCAUGUGUCCACGCAUUGACGAUAAAUGUAAAUCGAUCAAGCUUGGAUGAUUACAAUUCAUUACAAAUGGCAAUGAUUAAGGAUUCUGUCUCAGACUUUCUAUCAAAUUUUAUUCUCAUAUUCACCAUUCGAGUUCCUAAAACCUCACAACAAGAUUCAGAUAUCAAGGACAAGGAGCUGCCAGAUGAUGAAAGUAAAAAUAGUCGAAAGAUCUCAUUUACUUCAAUGCUGGUUCAACUGAUUCGUAAUGAAGAUUCAAGGUCGAUCUUCAAUUUUCUUCUACUUAAUCUUUCGUUCAUGUUCGUUCAGAUACUAUAUUCUUUUAGAUCUAAGUCAUUAAGCUUACUUAGUGAUUCUUUGCACAUGUUCUUGGAUUGCACAUCAUUGUUUCUUGGCCUCUUGGCUUCGGUGAUUGCAAAACACAACAUUCAGAAUCCGAGCUUGUCAUAUCCGUUUGGGUUGGCAAGAAUUGAGACUCUGGCCGGCUUUACAAAUGGUUCUUUAUUACUUGGGAUUGUUUUUGGCAUAUUUUCACAAGCUAUUCAGCGACUCAUUAAUCCAAUUGCUUUAGAAAAUACGACAGAGUUGCUAAUUGUCAGUAUUUUAGGUUUGCUUGUAAAUAUUGUUGGCAUAUUUGCAGUUGGUCAUGAUCACGACCAUGCACAUGGUCAUUCCCAUGGUCAUGCUCACCACCACCACCACCAUCAUCAUCAUCAUACGUAUGCUGAGCACACAAAUAAUGGGGAAAAUGUGAAUUUACAAGAAAAUAAUCAUGAACAAGAUCAUGAGCAUAUAGGUGAACAUAAUUAUGAAAAAGAACAGGAGCAUGACCAGAAUUCGUCUCGCGAGGCAGAAAUAGAGGAAAAUAUAAAAUAUGAAAAUGAUAAUAUGCAUGGAAUAUUUUUGCACAUUAUGGCAGAUACAUUAGGCUCAGUUGGUGUUGUUGUUUCCACUCUUCUUGUUAAGUACUUUGGCUGGAAGCUUAUUGAUCCAUUGACAUCAAUUUUGAUUGGCGCUUUGAUAUUAAUCUCGGCGAUUCCCCUUUUAAAAUCGUCGUCAUCAAAUCUUUUACUCUCCUUAAACGAAACGUACGCUACUGAAUUAAAGAAUUUAUUAGGACAGGUUAGACAAAUUCAAGGAGUGAAAAAUUACGCUACGCCAAGAUUUUGGCCCAAGAAUGAUUCAUCUUCUCGUUUGAUAGGCUACUUACACGUUGUGUAUUAUCGCACAGAAAACUCAACAUUAAUCAGAGAAAAGAUUAAUAAGAUAUUUGCUUCGUCAGAUGUGAUUGAAAAAUGUUACAUUCAGGUGGAAAAUGAGAUCGAUGAUUGUUGGUGCAGAACAAAGGGUGUUUUCAGCACCAACAGCUGA